GCUGACGCAGAGAAGCGGAAACAGCAUUUUCAACGGGGAACCUUCGCGUACGGGAACGAUUAUAAAAUCAUUAAAUUAUUCUAUAGGAGCUUGCUAUUUGUCCCAUUUAACACAUUACCAUCAAGGCUUCCUACUUUUAAGCAUGUCAGACUUCACAACUAUUUUGGUAUUGGCAGCAGUGUUUCUGACAUCAAAUGGUCUUCCCAAAAAUGCAUUCCAAUUGCAACGUUUCACGCCGGGCCCGACUUGCGAUCCCCGCUGGAUUACGAUCGAUUCUUUGAAAGUACAGAACUCGGGUGGGGAACCACCCCGCUUGAUGGGCACCGUAGAAGUGCUGCAAACACUGACACAAAACUUACUCAUUCAGGUCGGCAUUCGGAAGAAGGAUUUCAACUUUUAUCAUGUGUUAUGGUUCGGCAGAUUGUGUGAAAUCAUUCCACAGAUGUCCAAACAAUGGUGGUUGCAGGUGAUACCCCCUCCGAUGAGUAGCCGAUGUCCAGUGAAGCAGGGAAAAUAUAAAGUUCUUAAUCUAGAAUUUGAUGAAAAUCUUAGCUUUAUGGAUGGGGACUACCAAUUAAGCUUAACUCUGAAGCGAGGCACCCAAAUUCUCUGCGAAGCUGUAUUGCACUUUGGCGUGAAAAGAAUUGAGGAUUCUUGA